GCGCUGUUCAGUUGGACACUGGUGCUCCACGGGGGCGUGCGUCACAGCUUGUAGUGAGAGCGACGAUACACAAUACUACCACAACAGUGGAAUUCAAAAUACAGAGAGUUUUUAAGACUGAAGUCUUGGGCCGAGUUGUUUACCCUAACGGAGCAAAGGGAUGGCGUUCCCUGUGGACAUCCUCACCACAGUGGACUAUGAAUCCCUGGAGAAGAGUUCCAAAGACUACAUGUCCAAACUCCUCUACCGAAAUUCGGAGACACCUGAAUACCUCAACCUGCCCAAUUCCAAAAAGAUUGAAAUAGGCCUCUGCAAUGUGAGCUUCGUUCCUCUCCAUGGGCAAGAUGUCAGACACAAGAUCCUUGCCCUGUUUACACUAGAUGACCCAUUUAUAGCUGUAGGGCUGUACCUGCAGGGGAAGUGGUGGCCUGUUGAGGAUGUGCUGAAGACAUCAGACUCCGCACGCCAAGGGAUCCUUCAGGUGACAACUGUAGGGGAGAGGGUGGUCCUUUAUGUUCUCAACCGCAUUGUCUACAGGGCAAAGGAGAUGAACAAGGAUGAAGUGCCGUUUCUCUGUCACAGUGAAAAUGACUUGGCCAAAAUCAUUUGGAAAAAUGGAGAGGCCAUUGGUUUUUACUCAGUGAAGCCAGAGGGCAGUUUAAGUAGUUCCUUCCUGACGCAACGUUAUCAGCUUCCUGUCUUGGAUUCCAUGUUUGUCCGAAAAUGUCAUCGUGGUAAUGGACAUGGGCUUCAGAUACUGGAAGACUUUGUGGACUCUUUCAAGAACGAUUGUUUAGGCUUAAAAUACCCUCUUUCAACUGCCAUGUAUAAAGUUUGUGGCAACUAUCUCAGCACUUAUCCUGCAGACACGGGUCUGUUUUGGGAAGUUGACGGUGUCGGAGGCCCUUUUCAGAGGACCCAGAUUGCCAUUAAGAUUCUGGAGAUGGGCCUCAAGAGCCGGGAGUCUGUCCCCCAUGAUGUGCCCAUGGAGGAGGUGAUGACACAGAUGCAAGAGACUGUUGAGUACACCGUGGAAGUUGUGGAAAAGGCCGUUCAGAUUGACACACAUGUUCACAUAACCAAAGAGGUUGAAGACACGCCUGUUUCAACACGCGGCAGAAGUAGUCAGCUGAGGCGCAAGAGGCUGAGAGAGGAGAGCAGUGAGGUGGUGGAGGAGAGCCUCUCAGAGAAAGUCAUAAGGGUGGAAAAAAUUGAAGCAGGCAAUGAAACACCCGUGGAAGAACCAGAAGGUGAGGACCAGAAGAAAGACGAAGGAGAUCAAUAUGUGGAGGCAGGAGAUGUGGUGUCCAUAGUGAUGGAGACACAACUUGACCAGGAGGACUCUGAUGUCCACAAGCUAACACAGGCUUCAGAUGUAACCGCCACAGUGAUUGAUAGUCAUGAGGACAUUGACCCUCCUAUGGAAGUCACAGAGCAACUGAAAGACUUUCCAAAGCAGGUCUCCACUGUAGAUACUGUAGAACCUGCUUUGGAAAGGCCUGCUAGUGAGGAGGCAAUGCCCACAGAAUUAAAUGACAAAGAGGAAGAUGUACAGGAGGGGGAUUAUAGUGCACUUAAAUCCCCUGUUGAGGAAGUGCAAAGGGAAGAUGAGGGAGAGGAAAGCUCACAGGUAGUUAGCACUCUUUCAGCAGAUGUGAGUGAUGUGUCCCAGUUACCAGUGGUUGAAAAUGUCAAAAUGACAGUAGAUGACGAGGAGGAGGACAUAAUCCCUAUCAAGAAAUCAGAAACUUUAGAAAGUGUGGAGGUUGAGAACCAGGAAGUGCAGACUCAAAUCAGUGCCGAGGCAGGAGACAGUGGGACAGAAACAGCUCCACAAAAAACACCAGGUGACACCGUGUCAGAGGGAGACACCGAGGACAAUACAGAGGAAAGCACAACCAUCGACAAGAGAGUCCUGCGAAGGAGAACUGUAGUAAGCACAGAAACACCCAGACGCAAAUCCCAAAGAGCCAGCAAGAAAGCUGUAGAAGAAAGCCCAGCAGCUCCAUCGGAUGAGGAAACUGAACCAGCAGAAGAACAGAUGGAAGAGGGGAAAGAGGCCGCAGAGGACACCUCAGAUGAUGCAGGUCCACAGACAUCUCAGAGAGUCCUCAGAGGCAGAACAAAUGCGGUGAAGGCCACACCCAAACGCAAACACACCCGACGGAGCAGGAGAAAUGCGCAACAAACCAAGAGUCAAGAAGCAGAAGAAGAAUCUCAGGAAGAGAAUGAAGAAAAGGAUGAGGUUCCAGAAUCUGUGGAACAUCCCGCGGAGCAUGCAGGAGAUGAGGUGACACCAAAAGAAGAAGUGUCAGAUGACAAACAAGUAGAAACUACUGAGGAUACCUCGGCUGCAGUAGAGCAGGUUGCGGAGGAUGUGUCCACCUCAGUUCCAGAAGGAUUGGAGGAAGAUGCUGAAAAACAGGAUACGCUGGAAGAAGAUAAAGCGAUGGAGGAGAAAAGCGCUGGAAAGGACGCAUCAGAGAAAGAAGACGGCUCAGAGGAGGGUGAGGGUCCAGUGGAGGAGGAUGUGCUUGUUUUGAGAGGAAGGUCAAUCAUCACGUCCCCUCAAUCCCCCAAAAGAGCCAUGGAGGAAGAGGGGAAAGAGGCCGCAGAGGAGACCUCAGAUGAUGCAGGUCCACAGACAUCUCAGAGAGUCCUCAGAGGCAGAAGAAAAGUGGCGAAGGCCACACCCAAACGCAAACACACCCGACGGAGCAGGAGAAAUGUGGCCCAAACAGACAGCCAGCAAACAACUGAGGGAGAAGAAGAAGCUGAUAAGGAGGGUGAGAUUCAACAUUCAGAGGCAGAUGUUGAGAUGGAGUCUGAAACUGUAACCCUGGUUGAGGAGAAGGAUACUGGAGAAGUGGAUACUGAAGCCACAGAUGCCCUGGAACUUACAGAGGAAAAGAUCGCACCAGAUGUCACUGAGUUAGAGAGUCCGGUAAUUGCAGAUGAAUCUGCUGAAGACAAAGAUGAAAGUCAACCUUCAAAAGAAGAUGAAACCGUUGAAAAAGAAAUAGAAACGGAUAAGGUGAUUGAGGGGAAUGCUAUGGAAGAGGAAGAGAGUGAAACAACAGAAAAACAGGAAGAGAUAAAAGAAAUGGAGGAUAAUGUGGAAGAGGAGGGUGAGGGAACAGUGUCAGACAAUUCUCCAGAUAUUGUAGGGGACGAGGAAACACCAAAAGAUGAGGAAAAUACUGAAUUGAAACCUGAUGAAGAUGCAGCCAAAGAAACUGAAGUUAACUCAGCCACAGAACAUCAGAUUGAAGACGUCACCACAGACACUAUUCCAGAAGGAAUGGAGGAAGAUAAUGUGGAAAAAGAGGGGAUGCUGGAAGAGAAGAAAACAAUAGAGGAGACAAAGAGUGCUGGAAAAACAGAUAUAGAUGACCAGAUGGAGGAAACCGUGGAUUCGGAGGAAAAGGAAAUUACUGAUAAUGAUGUCAUAACAGAAGAACCUUCUGUUGCAGACAAGCAGACAGAACCGGCUAAAGAGGUGAAACUGCAGAGAGCCACUGUUGUCUUAGUUGACGUAAACAAGGCAUCUCCUCAACCUGAAUUAGAGGUAGAGAGUGCAGACACAACGCCAGAAGCUGAUGAGAAAGGUGAGACAGGAGAAGAUCAGACACCACAGACUGAAGGGGACAAGGAUGCAAAGAAAGAUGUGGAAAACGUCAUACAGCAAGACGAUACACAAGAUGAAGCUGUAGAAGCAACAGAUUCUCAGGUCUCUCAGGAUGAAGUGGAAACACAAGAGUCAUCGGAUCGUGAUUUGGGAACAGAUGAAGCGCAGGAAAGCACAACCAUCGAGAAGAGAGUCCUGCGAAGGAGAACUGUAGUAAGCACAGAAACUCCCAGACGCAAAUCCCAAAGAGCCAGCAAGAAAGCUGUAGAAGAAAGCCCAGCAGCUCCAUCGGAUGAGGAAACUGAACCAGCAGAAGAACAGAUGGAAGAGGGGAAAGAGGCCGCAGAGGAGACCUCAGAUGAUGAAGGUCCACAGACAUCUCAGAGAGUCCUCAGAGGCAGAAGAAAAGUGGUGAAGGCCACACCCAAACGCAAACACACCCGACGGAGCAGGAGAAAUGUGGCCCAAAAAGAUGAAGAACCUGAGGAAGAGCAUGAUGAAAUUCAACAAUCAAAAGAAACAACAGAAGAAAAGGAUGAGCUCCUGCCAUCAAAGGAUCAAAGUGAGGAACCUGAAAUGCCUAAAACAGCAGAUGACACAGAAUUAGAUGAGCAAGAACAGGAUAAACCUGCAACUGAGGAGCAGAGUCCGCAUGAAAACAUUGGUGACCAAGAGGUGGAAGGAAUGGUGUUAGAAAUCUCUUCAGAUGAAAAAGAAACAGACAUCGUAGAGGAUGAGACUCCAAAAGAAAAAGAAGCCGUUGAUGUGCACCCUGUUGAAGAUGUGGCCACAGAAAAUGAUGACGUACCAGAAAAUGAACAGCAAAUUGAAGAAGGUGCCACAGACACUGUUCCUGAAGGAAUAGAGCAAGACGAUGUGGAAAACAAGAGCGCUGGAAACACAGAUGCCACUGAAAAUCUGGAAGAAACGGUGGGUAAGGAAGGUAUCUCAGCACUUGAGGAAGAAGCUUCUGUUGAGGAAAGUCCUGGAGAGGAGACUGAUACACUUAAAUUGCAAAAAGACACAGUUGUUUUGGUGGAUCUUAAAGAAAGUUGUCCUCCAUCAGACUUGGAAAUGAUGAACACUGAAAACACAGAGACUAAAGCAGAUGAAGUUCCUCUGGAUGAACAAGAAAUGCCAGCAGUUGAGGAGGAAGCAAAAAAUGUUAAAGGUAUGGAGAGCCAACGUGAAGAAAAUGAAGAAAGCCAGCCUGAAGUAGCAAAAGAGGCUACGACUGAGAUGUCAGAGGGGCUAGAUGAAACAGAGGACACGGUUCUGAAGAAUGAAUCUCCUGAUUUGGAAGGAACCACUGAGAUGCUUAAAGAGACAGCCUCUGCAUUACAAAGCUCCAGUGAUGAACCAAAAACUGAUGCAAACGAGGAGGAAAAUCAAGGAAAACUAGAAGAAGUGACAGAACAUGGGGCAGUGGAUGACACCGAUAUCUCAGCCCCUGAAGGAGAGAAUGAAGUGGUACAAGUUAGCUCAGAUCCAGGAGACGACAAAACGACUAGAAAAAGAGGAAGGCCAAAGAAGAAACGAGGAGCAGCUCAGUCUUCUUCAAGACAAAGACGGUCUAAACGUGUUCGAAAACAAGAGGAGGAAUCAGCAGAAGAAGAAGAGGAAGAGGACAGUGAUGCAGACAUUACUAAAGAAUCUGACAAGGAACUUGUAUCACAGGAAGUGGAAGAAAAAACAACUGAGCCAACCAGGGAUACCACAGAAGAGACAGACCAAACACAGGAACCCUCAGAUAACAGUGAGAAGCUUGAACAAGAACAAUGCGUUGUAGACAAAGAAGAGGUGGGUGGUGUGGAUGAAGAAAACGUGGACGAAGAGGGACUUCCUCCAGUUGUGGAAACUGUCAGGUCCACUCCCUCAGGAUCCGAAGGCGCUCCUGAAGAACAAGAGGACACAGAAGAAGCAACUCAAGCUGCAGGAGUCCAACUGGAGGACAAAGAAAAUGAAAUGGGAGAUGAUGAAACCACAGCAGAAGAGGAAAAAAUGGAUGGUGAGACCAGCUUGGAGAAAGAGGAAUCACUUAAUUCUGAGGACAUAGCUGAUUCGACAGAGGUUGGGGAUAAAAUUGAGGAAGAGGAGGGAGAAGAACAACAAAUUGCGGUCAACACAUUAAAAAAUAGUGAGACCAAUGAAGGCAAUGACAUCAAUUUGGACUUGGAAACAGAGGAGGAGCAGCACACAGGUGAGGACGCGUCAGGGAAAGAAGACGCCUCAGAGGAGGGUGAGAGUCCAGUGGAGGAGGAUGUGCUUGUUUUGAGAGGGAGGUCCAUCAUCACGUCCCCUCACAUUGUACCCACACCCAAAAGAGCCAUGGAGGAGGAGGAGAGUGAUCAGGAGGCAGACGAGGAGGCAUUAACAGACACAAACACUAGGGCUAGGAGUGCUAAGGGAAAGAAGAGGGCUAAAGUUGAUACACCCGUGCGGCGAUCUUCGCGCAAAACCCCGGCAAAAUUUGCUUUUUAAAGUUAGAGGGGCGCUCUAGUUUAUGGGACCACAUUUUUGUACUAGAAUUAGAUAUGAAAAAAAAAAAAAAUCUGUGAAAAUGCAGAUGCAAAGGAGGCAAGGUCUAUUUUGUCAUUUUAUUUUUGUAUCAAGGUUCAAGCUUUUUCAGGAAUCUUGCAGAUAAAUAGUGUCCAGGUGUAUAAAUAAGAGGGAACUGAAAACAUCUGGCAGUAUUUACAAAAACAUAAUAUUUUGCUUUUUUACUCUUGAAAUUGUAAAUUUCCAUGGAUUACAAAUGACACAUUGACUUGACAAAUUAAGAAAUUGAGAUAAAAUAGUUUUAUAUAACAACAUAUUUUUUACAGAAUGAAAUCAUGUUCAGUUGUGUUCCUCUCAACUAUUUUGUAUUUUGUAAAGCAAUGCAAUGUGAAACUGAAUGUAUCAGUUGUAAUCCUGUAAAAAGUGAAAUAUUUUUUGUUCCCAAAGCACUGUUUUGCUGUUAAGAAAUAUCAUAAUUAAACAACUAUUUUGCCAGCAGCUGUCAUUAGCACUCAAAAAUAUGAAAAAGGUUGUUAUUAUUAUUAUUAUUAAUAUUAUUAUUAUUAUCAUAAAUUUGCGUUUGUUACAAUAUGUGUGCUUUGCUUCACUCCUAAUCUGUAGGUCACUUGCUUUACAUUAACAUCAGUUUUUACAUCUAAAGAUUCUGCUUAGAAUCACUCACACUCCAGUAGGCCUUCAGGUAGCUGGUAAACAAACAUUUUCAAAAUCAUGUUUUUUGUUUCAUUCAUUUCUCUAUUUCACUGUAAAUACACUUUUCUCAACUCUGAUGAAUUUAAUCACACAUAUGCAACAUUGCAACAAGUUCAUAUACAUCUCAGAGGGCUUCCUUUCUCACUAUUUACAAUGUGUUCAAUCAGUGCAAUGAACCAAUAAUGGGGUUACUUUUUAAAACCAAUAUAUUUUGGUCACCUAAUCUGAUUCAAAUGUAUAGUCAAUUUUGAGAGAAGGGACAAAAGAGAAGCUAAAGAGGCUCAAAUUCAGCUAAAAGUCCUGUUAGAAUUUGGUUGGUUUCAUGCUAAAUGUGAACCAUUUUUAUGUUUACUGUUAUGUAUUACGGACUUAAUAAUGUGUGAGAGAAUAUAUGAAAUAUAGCCCUUUGAGCUAUGUAUGUACUUGUAACCGUUGAGGAUAGAACUCUGUGAUUCAGUUAAACACCUUUUUAUGUAUAGCAUUUCAUGUCAGAAGUCCAUAAAUUGUUGCAAAAUAGCAUUGUAUGUCUGUACAACCAAUUAUUUUUGUGUUAUGAUUUUAAUGUUAAUGAUGUGUGUUUUCUUGAUCUAUCUAUUUUGUAGAAGUACAAUAUACUAUAGCAUUUACCUUUUCUACCACUUUGCCUACCUCUCUCCCUCUAGAAAGGUUUCCCCUCAAAAACAGCUCUUUAGCUUCAGCUACCUGCACUAUCCUCAUAGCAACUAUGAGAUAUGUAAGUUACAGAACAAGAAAUAGUGAAAAAAUACGUCAUAGACUAAUUUUUGUUAGUACAGUUAGUUAAGAAGACUUGAGAUUUCUUGAUGACAGUGAAUGAUGGUAAUUAAAUCUCACACUCAGAACGUUACUGAUACUGUUACUAUGUCUAUCCCUAUUACGGUGUACACUCAGCAAAACUACGUCACUCAUACACAGUAGUAAUUAUUGAUGUCACUAGCCUAUAGAUCUCUCUCUCUCUCUCUCUCUCUCUCUCUCUGCCACCCACCACCCCUAAGUGCCAUUUUGAAAGGAUGACAGAUUACCUAUACUGUGACUGUACCACUGGAACUCAGCAGUGGCGCUACUGAUGUUCAUUUUUCUUUUUUCUGUACUGAGCAUAUGUGUAUCUUAUUAAUAAAGUUUUCCCCCUCAAUGUG